CUACAGGUCCACUGAGAGCUAAUCAUUCCUGCAGCCAGGUAAACGUAGGCGUCAGGCAGACUCCUAUCUCUGUGUACCUUGACGCGGUCACCCGAUAACAAACAGCGCGGUGUCACGUGUCCUGCCACGAAUACAGCUAGUUCCUCCUGCUCAUGACAAACUGGAGCGAACGCCGCCCCCUGAACGUCUCGUAAUAACAGCUGGCAGCACAGAGGAAAAGAGAGAGGGGCAUUGCGGAGCAGGAACACUGGUCUGCUGCCUGGUUUCACAGCGUACACAUCACCGCGUUGACUGCAGCUUCCUGUGAGAAAACACACGCUAGGGGAUUUUCUCCGACUUGUUCUCGGCUCAGGGCGCAUGCUCAGACUAACCGACGGUGCAGUUGUUUUAUUCAGGAACUCGGAGACACUGAAAAGUUUUAAAGAUGACCACUUCAUGGAGUGACAGACUGCAGAACUAUGCAGACUUGCCUGCCAACAUGGAUCAUCUGGCAAUGAAAAAAUACAGGAGAGAACCCUACCACAGAGUGUUUGUCAACAGAAGCUUGGCAAUGGAGAAGAUUAAGUGCUUUGGCUUUGACAUGGAUUACACUUUAGCGGUGUACAAGUCACCGGAGUAUGAGUCCCUAGGCUUUGAGCUUACAGUGGAGCGUCUGGUCUCCAUUGGCUACCCCCAGGAGCUGCUCAGCUUCGUGUACGACCCAUCUUUUCCCACCAGGGGCAUUGUGUUUGACACCAUGUAUGGAAACCUGUUGAAGGUCGACGCAUACGGCAAUAUCCUGGUCUGUGUGCAUGGAUUCAAUUUCCUCCGAGGCCCUGAGAUCCGUGAGCGGUACCCAAACAAGUUCAUCCAGCGAGACGACACAGAACGCUUUUAUAUCCUUAACACACUCUUCAACCUGCCCGAGACCUACCUUUUUGCUUGCCUUGUGGAUUUCUUCUCUAUUUGUGACAGAUACACAAGCUGUGAAACUGGCUUCAAAAAUGGAGACCUCUUCAUGUCCUAUAAGAGCAUGUUCCAGGAUGUCCGCGACGCCGUUGACUGGGUCCACUUCAAGGGUACACUGAAGGAAAAGACAGUUGAGAACUUGGAGAAGUAUGUUGUGAAAGAUGGGAAGCUGCCUCUUCUCCUCAGCCGCAUGAAUGAAGUAGCCAAGGUCUUCUUGGCUACCAACAGUGACUACAAAUACACUGAUAAAAUCAUGACCUACCUUUUUGACUUCCCCCAUGGCCCCAAGCCUGGGACCUCCCACCGGCCCUGGCAGUCCUACUUCGAUCUGAUCCUGGUGGAUGCCAGGAAGCCGAUGUUCUUCGGUGAAGGGACGGUGCUCAGACAAGUCGACGCGACAACAGGACGCUUAAAGAUAGGAACUUACACAGGACCUCUGCAGCAUGGGAUCGUGUACUCCGGAGGUUCCUCAGACAUUGUGUGUGAUUUGCUGGGGGCCAAGGGGAAGGACAUAGUGUACAUUGGUGACCAUAUCUUUGGAGACAUCCUCAAGUCCAAGAAACGUCAAGGCUGGAGGACGUUUCUGGUCAUUCCUGAACUGGCCCAGGAGCUGCACGUGUGGACUGACAAGAGCUCAUUAUUCGAGGAACUGCAGGGCCUGGACAUUUUCUUGGCUGAACUCUACAAACAUCUGGACAGCAGCAGUAAUGAGAGGCCAGACAUCAGCACUAUUCAGAGAAGAGUCAAGAAAGUGACACAUGACAUGGACAUGUGCUAUGGCAUGAUGGGUAGCCUUUUCCGCAGUGGCUCCAGACAGACCCUGUUUGCCUCCCAGGUGAUGCGUUACGCCGACCUGUACGCGGCCUCCUUCAUCAACCUGCUGUACUACCCCUUCAGCUACCUCUUCAGAGCUGCACACGUACUGAUGCCCCAUGAGUCAACGGUGGAACACACCCAAGUGGACAUCGACACAGAGUCACCGCUGGCCACGCGCAACCGCACCCAAUGCAGUGACUGCAAGGACCUGGAGUACAAACGCAACCAUCUGACCCGCUCCUUCAGUGAGAUCAAACCGCCCCACCUUUUCCCCCAGACGCCCCAGGAGAUCACUCACUGCCACGAUGAGGAUGAUGACGAGGAGGAGGAGGAGGAAGAAGAGGAAGAGGAGGAGGAAUAAGCUGAACAUGGAGAUGAAGGCCAUGUUCCUGUUCCUGCCUUUUUACAUUUCAAGGAGCAAACACUUCUCCAAUGUGUGUGUACAGUCACUUCAGAAAUUAUUCAGACCCUUUCAGUUUUUACACACUUUGUGUUGUAGAUUUAAUUUCAAAUGGAUAAAAUUGCCAUUUUGGCCAUCAACACAACUGAAUAAGUGAAGAACAUAUUUUGGAAGGGUAUUAAAAAUCAGGUUCUCCCCCACUGUGGUCAGAUGGACUCCAAAUUCUAAACGCAUCUCAAAGACAUUUAAAGCAAACAGGCAUUUUAAAUAAAACUCUCAACACAGUAAAGCAUACAAAAGGUUAAGCGGUAGAAAUAAUUCUGACGUGUGUGUAGAUGCACACACACAGACAUACACACAGACUGGAGACUGCUGAGGAAAGUAUAAAGGACCAGUAGCGUGACAGAUCAUGUGACUGUCACACUGUGUAUGUGCUUGGUCGACAAAACCCAACUUUUCCUAGCUUCAUUAUGGAAGAACAAUCUUCUAAUUUAUGUAAUUGGAUUUCUUUCUUACCUUCCCCAUGAGACAGACAAAACAAACACUCGAGCAAACGUCACACUAUUUUUUCAUCAUGUUUUAUAAGUUGAUGUUUAAGACCAGCAAGUGAAUCCAGUAGAUCUAGUCAGUGAACUGUAGUUUUCGACAAACUUGCCUUGCUGACACACUGUAUGCACAUUGCAAACAAAUGAAAAACACUUUUCAGUUAUGGUGUCUAAGAAAAACAGAGAUGCACAUACUGUGUCAAAGCUGACAUUUUUAAUGCAACAUGGGAACAACAUUGUGUUUUGUUUCAUUUUUCUUAUUGAUUAGUUUGAACUUGUAUGUAAUGGUGUGUGUUUCUGUGUGUGUACCUGCCAAAGCAGCCAGUCGGAGACUCACUCAGGCUGUGGCACCCUGAGCGAUCGUGAACAAAGGGCCCACUGUACUAGACUGAUGCACAGGAGCACCGAAGCACAAGCCGGCGUUAAAUCGAUCAAUAACCAGAUGCUGGUUUUGUUUGGCUGAGAGAACGUGUCGUGGUGCAUGAGUGGUUGUUGAAGUGGUGUUUUGUUACCUAGCAACAGUGAGGACACGGUACUGUAAUUUAUGCUGAUAGUCUCUAUGACAACCUUGAACUACAGUAGUGUUUCUGUAAAUAGCUGUUGAUUUAAUGGAUUUUGUAAUGACUUUUAACGCCACGAGCAGCUGCAGAAACAUGCACUAUCUGUCAGCUUGGUUAUUUAGAAAGACACUAGUAUUGUAUUUAACAGUUUCAGAAGGUUUUAUUUUGAUAGGGAGGUUGUACAAUGCCAGCAACCAAGCAACUUAGAUGUGUGAAGUGAAUUUUGUCAGGUGUGUAACAGGUGUGUGAAAGUGGCCCU